AUGGAUUCUCGUGAUUUGAAUUUACCAAAGUACAUGGUAUACUGUGGCUUGAUCGCAGGUAUCGGUGCUUUCUCUAACGGUUGGACUAUUGGUUCUCCCAAUGUUCCCGGUGAUAUCACCCACAACUGUCCUACUGGCAGUGCUCACACUGUGAAUCCUGCUUUUCCUGAUUGUUUGCCCAUGGAUACUGCUCUAUGGGGUUUCGCCGUAUCAUCCUUCUGUGUUGGCGGUUUGAUUGGUAGUGCUGUUGGUGGUGCUAUCCAGACUAGAUUGGGUCGUAGAUUGACAAUUAUCGUCAACAAUGCUGGUUUUAUUUCCGGUGCUAUUUUGAUCGGCUGCGCUGUUCACACUGCCAUGUUCAUCAUUGGCCGUAUUCUCUGUGGUUUAUCAUGUGGUCUCGGUUCUCUUGUUAUUCCCACUUAUCUUGGUGAGAUCUCCACUCGUAAAGGCAGAGGUUUGAUAGGUUUCUUCAACCAGUUUUUUGUCGUAACCGGUAUUCUAUUGUCAUCCGUCAUUGGCUUGCCUACCUCCAAUGUUCCACUCUGGCGUCUUAACUAUGCUAUUGUUGCUAUUCCAUCCAUCUUCCAAAUUUUCAUGAUGGGUACCUGUGUCGAGUCUCCUCGUUAUUUGAUCUCUGUUGGUCGCAUCGAAGAUGCUCUCAUUUCUCUUCAAAAGCUUCGUGGCUCUGCUGAUGUUUCCGAGGAAUUCUUUGAUAUCGUUGCUGGCCAAGUCGGUAGAAAGAAGGCUGUUCGUCUCUUGAAGGAGAACUCCCACGAAAAGAAUGUCAAGAAUGCCAACAACUCUCUUGACGAAGGCUUUGACAAUACUGACAACAACUCUCUUGAUCGCAAUGCAGGUAGCAACAAGGAAGAAUACAAUGCCGCUGGUGCUGGUCCUGGUGCUGUUAGUGGUAAUGGCGAUAUCGAAAACGAUGACUCUGAUGAGCAACGCCCUCCUAUGAGCAUUAUCGAAAUUUUCAGAGACCCUGUCAUCCGCAAGAUUACCUUGAUCGUCCUUUUCCAUCACACUAUCCAACAACUCUCUGGUAUGAACGCCGUCAUGUACUACUCUACCACCAUCUUUGAACAAGCCGUUGACAAGCAAAACGCUCAGUACAUGGCCAUCUACACGACUGUUGUCAACUUUGGUAUGUCUAUUGUUGCCAUGGCCUUCAUUGAUCGUUCCGGCCGUCGUUUGUUGCUGAUCAUGUCUGAAAUGGGUACAUUUAUCUUCUCUGUUCUCCUUGUUGUCGGUUACAGAUACAACAUUUCGAAUCUUCUUGUUGCCUCUGUCUUUGUCUAUGUCGCCUCCUUUGCUAUUGGUAUUGGACCAGUUCCUUGGAUGAUUACCUCUGAAAUGACCCCCAUCUAUGCUAGUUCCUCUGUCGGUGCUGUUGCCACUGCCAUGAACUGGGCCAUGAACUUCUUGAUCGGUCAAGUCUUCCCUGUUAUUUUCGCUGCAAUUCAAGGCUGGUCUUUCCUUAUCUUUGCCAUCAUCUGUCUCAUUUCUGCCAUUGUUACCUUCUUCUUUUUGCCUGAAACCAAGAACAGAGCUAUUGAAGACAUUGUCGACGGCUUCAGAAAGAAGUAA